AUGGAUGGAUCUAGAAUAUAAAAGGCAAAACAAUCAUUAAUUCUAUUUCUUAAAAGUUUGCCUUAAACCUCUUUAUUCAAUAUUAUAUCAUUUGGUACAUAAUACGUUUCCCUAUGGGAAGAAUCAAGACAAUAUACUUAAGAUAAUUUAUAAGAAGCCAUUUAACAUGUAAAAGAUAUGCAGGCAGACAUGGGAGGAACUAAUAUUUACAAUCCUUUAAAAAAUAAGAUAUAUAAUAGUAGUUAUGGAUGUUCAAAGGACACAACUUUAAAUGUAUUCUUACUAACAGAUGGAGAAGAUAAUGCAGAUCCAAUCAUUGAACUUGUUAAAAAUAAUAAUCGGGCAGAAACUAGGAUAUAUACAUUAGGAAUUGGAGAACGUUGCAGUUUUUAUUUAAUAAAAAGAGUUGCUGAGGUAGGAAAUGGAAAGUUUCACAUAGUAGGAGAUAAUGAGGAUAUUAAUGAAAAGGUAAUUGACUUAUUGGAGGAUUCAUUGACUCCAUAUCUAGAAGAUUUUAAAUUAGAAACUAAUGUAGAUAAAAUCUCUUCAAUCAUUCCAAAUCCUGAAUCAAUAGUUAGUCUAAAAAAAAAUUAAGAACUCACUAUUUAAAUUCUAUUUUCCAAUGAAUAAGAAUUAGAAAACAUUGAAUUUAGUAUCCAUUGCUAUAAUCCAUAAGAUAAAUAGCCUAUAAAAUAUUCUGUCAAUUUGAAUUUAAAUUAAUCUUAAGAUAAUGAAUAUUUUCAUAAAUUAGCCACUCAUAAGUUUAUCACAUAUUACGAUAACGCAAUAAAAUAUGGUGAAUAACAAGUUAAUUUUAUUAAAUUAAAUAAAUAAAAUAUUGAAGAUAAGGAUAUUGUGAAUCUAUCUAUAGAAAAUUAAAUAUUGAGUAAUAAAACAGCAUUUGUUUGUGAAGUAUGCGAAUUAGAAGAUCAAUUAAAAUAGUAGGCCAGAUCUAAAAUCAAGAUAACACAUACUAAAAAAACAUUUCCAAAUCAAUUUGGUCUGUCUUCUUGCUAAUUUCUAAGUUAAGGUUGCAGCAUGACAUCAGGAAAAUACCCUUCAUAACAAUUAAAGUGCAUGAAUGCAUCACCACCAUCACUAACAAUGUCUUGCGGCAUGAAAGCACAAAUACUACCAAUGUGUGGCAGCAUGCAAUCAACAGCACCACAAAUGUUUGGCAUGCAAUCAAAUGCAACACCACCAAUGUUUGGCGGCAUGCAAUCAACGGCACCACAAAUGUUUGGCAUGCAAUCAACAACACCACAAAUGUAUGGCAUGCAAUCAACAGCACCACUACCACCACCACCACCAUUUUGCAAUAUGUAAUUUCCACUACCAAUGCAAUCAAAAGCAACACCACCACCACCACCUUGCAAUAUGUAAUUUCCAAAACCAAUGCAAAUGCAAACGCCACUAUCACCAAAACAACCAAUAGUACAAUAGAUGGCAUAAAAAUGUUCUGUGGAAGAUACAUUUUCAAUGGCAUAAUAAUGCAAAAAUGAAGACAUAUGUUCGACAUCUUUUGCAAUCUCUAAGUAGCCCGAAAUUAAUAAUCUUACAUAUGAAAAUUUGAUGAAUUUUGCCUAGGCAGAUGGAAGAUUUUAGAUUAAUAAUGACAUCCAGUUAAAGGUCAAUUAUUUAAAUUUAAGCAAUUCACAAGGUCUUAUAGAUGAUGUAUGGAAUACUCUUUUAAUAUUACUCUAUUUAGAAAAGUUUUGUAGCCAAUUUAAAAAAUCAUGGUAAUUAAUAUUCUCCAAAGGAGUCUAAUAUUUACUUUAGAAUGGGAUAGAUUAUAAAUAAAAGAAACAGGAAUUAAAUUAACCUUGA